AUGGCCGGCAAUAAUUUUAAUAACAACAACGACCGGGAUUUUCAGCGGGCAAUGGCCCCUGAGUUGAACGCCAGAAGGGCGGCUGAGAACCGCUGGGCCCUAGGGAUACCUGAACAAGAUCAGCCUGUCCACCAAGCCUUCGGACAGCCCGUCAACCAGCCCUUCAGACAGCCCGUCAACCAGCCCUUCAAUCAGCCCGUCAACAAGCCCUUCAACCAACCCUUCAACCAGAACCAGCAGCACGGCAAUAGCAGUGGCCCAUGCGGCGGAUGCCAAUCUGACGCCGAGAUGGGGGAUUGGGUCGACGACGACGUGCUGAGCGAAUGUCAGCCUUGGCCAGAUCAUGUUGCGGGCCAGGGUAGAGACCCGCGGCUGUACGGACAAGGUGCUCCCAGCGGCACGCUGCCGAUACCUCAACCUACUUAUUACGGACCAACGUGCCCGGGACAUGUCGUGCAGCAAGGCCAGAGCGAACCUCACAACUGGGAGACAUUCACACCUGUGUAUGGGCCAGACAUUGUGGAAGAGUCAAUGCGACAACGACAAUACGAGAGCACUCAAAACAACUGGCGGCCGACACGCCCUGGCAUGAUGAUGGGACAACCGCCACCCCAGGCCUAUCGAAUCCAGAAGGCGACUGGACGGUUCCAGCCGCCGCAUGGCGGAGCCCGCGACCGCCGGCGAAUGUUCUCAGCUGGAAUUGAAGCUGGGAUGCGAAGACACCCUGAACUGCGGGGCCCGGAUUUCGAGCGGGAUCUGGCGGUGUUUCAGGAACUGAAGGUGUAUUUGCACUUGGACGCGGUCCCUCAACUAGAAGUAUGUCUAGAGGACCUGCAGGUAUUCCUGGAACCGGUGGCACUUAUGAGCUUGGAAGUGAGUUUGCACCUGGACCCGGGCCCUCAACGAGAGGUACGUCUGGCUAUACGGGUGUUCCUGGAACCGGCUUUCCAGGACCUGAAAGCGUGUAUACAAAUACAGCCCACUCAACGAGAAGCGUACCUGGAAUUGAAGGUCUUCAUGGAAACGAUGGCGCUUAUGGAGGUGACAGCACAGCUUGAGGCAACUGGACCUGCAACUGGGCCUGCAACUGGACCUGGGGGUGUUCCGGGAACCGGUGGCCCUUAUGAGUUUGGGGGUGAGUUUGUACCCAGAAAAUCCUCAACGGGGUUCCAGGCGCCGCCGCAUGGUGGAAACCUCCAGCCCAUACCCGAAGCUGAAGCUGCUGAACUUGAUGAAUUUAAGGCCGUGUGUGACCAGGUCAUUGCAGAAAUGGCAGAACGGGCAACUAGACCUGCAACUGAACCUACGACGGAACCUGUGACUGAACCUGAAGGUGUUCUUCGUGGAAACCCUGGCGAUGGCGAGUCUACACCCAUAACCGAACCCUCAACGGGGUUCCCGACGCCGCCGUAUGAUAGAGGCCACCAGCACUUGGCCGAAGCUGAACGUCAUGCCGAGAUCGAACAACAGAAUGCAGAAAUUGCAGGACGGGCACCUAGACCUGUCACUGGACCUGGAGGUGUUCCGGGAACCGGUGGCCCUUAUGAGUUUGGGGGCGUGUCCGCACCCAAAACCGAAUCCUCAACGAGCUUCCAGACGCCGCAUGCCAGAGGCGACCGGCGAUCAUCCACAGCUGAAAUUGAUGCCCUGAUUCAACGGCAGCUGGGCCUGGAUCCCGAGCGGGAUGUGCGUCUGGGCUGGGAACAACUGGUGUUCCUGGACCUGAAAGCGUGUUUGCAAAUAGAACCGAAGACUCAAGGAGAAUCGUAUCUGGACCUGCAGGUGUUCCUGGAGUUCGAGGGAUAUCUGCACCUAGAACCGAAUCCUCAACGAGAAGCGUAUCUGGACCUGAACGUGUUCUUGGAGAUCCAGGGGCUUUAUCUGCGUCUGGGCUGGGAGUUAGCGGUGUUCCUCGGACCGAUGGCGGUUUCGGAACUGCACGCCCCUCUGGGACUGGAGACGUGUCUGCACCUAGGACCCCGAGUAGAUCCCCCGCAACGAGACCUGCACCUAGGACCCCGACUAGACCUGGAACUGGACCUGGAAUUGGAUCUUCCCCACUAA